UCUCCCAAAACCCCUCUCUCCUUGCUCCUUUCUUUCCCUAAACCCUUCACUCUCCCCGUCAAAAGAACAACUCAGCCAACUUAAAACACUUCCAAAAUUCUGGCGGUAAUAAUAUGUGUGUUGGAAGUAGUUGCUUCUAACAAAUAAAUUUCUAGCACCUGCUGCCUCUCCGCCGGACAGCCACCGCCUCUUUCGCCGUGCCGCCAGAAAGGGCAUUACUUCGUCAACCAAUUGAAUUACAAUGGCGUACCAAGGGGGAAACUUGAAGUCCACUGCCAUAAAUGGAGUGAAGAUGUACACUGUCGCCGGCCAACACCGUUCUGUGGCAACAUGGCUUCCCCCUAAGAAGCUCAGGGCCCUUCGUAAUGAUCCAAGUUAUAUGCAAAGAGUGGAUCUGAUUCAGGAUUUGAGAUUUGAAACUGCAACUACAAGAAUUAAAGUGACUCCUGACGGGGAGUAUCUCAUUGCGUCAGGUAUUUACCCACCACAAGUUAAAGUUUAUGAGCUGCGGGAGCUGUCAUUGAAGUUCGAAAGGCAUUUGGUGUCAGAGAUCAUUAACUUUCAGGUCUUGGGUGAUGACUACUCAAAAAUGGCAUUUCUUUGUGCUGAUCGGUCUGUCUGCCUCCAUGCAAAAUAUGGAAGUCAUUACAGUUUACGAAUUCCAAGGAUGGGAAGGGAUAUUGUAUAUGAUUGCUGGUCUUGUGAUUUGCUUUGCGCUGCCUCAUCACCAGAUCUCUACAGAAUAAAUCUGGAGCAGGGACGCUUCCUUUCCUCACUGAGCACACGAUCCCCGGCACUUAAUGUGGUUUCGCGGAGCAAGCUCCAUGGGUUAGUUGCUUGUGGAGGGGAGGAUGGUGCUCUCGAAUGCUUUGACAUGAGAGCAAGAUCUUCAGUUGGCAGAAUAAAUGCUGUUGCACCUGCUGGGAAUGGGGACCAGGAGGUUACUGCAAUAGAGUUCGACGGAGAUGGAGGUUACCUCAUGGCUGUUGGAAGUAGUGAUGGAAAGGUUCUGAUUUAUGAUUUACGAUCUUCUCAACCUAUGCGGAUAAAGGAUCAUAUGUAUGGGAGCCCGAUACUGAACAUUAAGUGGCAUAAAACGCUUAACACUGAACGAACAAAGUUAAUCACUGCUGACAGCCACAUUGUUAGGAUUUGGGACCCUGAGACGGGAGAAGGCAUGACAAGCAUUGAACCAACGGGUGGGAGAAUCAACGAUUUGUGUGCAUUCACUGACAGUGGAUUGAUGUUGUUGGCUCUUGACUCCAGUCAAAUACCUUCGUAUUUCAUUCCUUCACUGGGGCCUGCGCCCAAGUGGUGUUCUUACCUUGAAAACCUGACGGAAGAGCUUGAGGAGCAACCCCAGACAACUAUUUAUGAUGAUUUUAAAUUUUUGACGAAAGAAGAUCUGGAAAAAUUGAAUUUGACCCAUUUGAUUGGAACCAGCCUUCUAAGGGCUUAUAUGCAUGGUUACUUCAUCGAUUAUCGUUUGUAUAAAAAGGCACAAGCAUUUUCAGAUCCAUUUGAUUAUGUUGCUUACAAAGAGCGGCGGAACCAGGAAAAACAAGCGGCAGAGCAUGCCGGUCGUAUCACGAUUAAGAAGAAGCUUCCCAAAAUUAAUCGCACUCUGGCUAAAGAACUUCUUGAGAAUGAAGAGACUGAGAAUAUGGAGGAUGUUGAUGGCGUUGACGCGAAGAAGAUAUCAAAGAAGAAGAAAGGACUGACCGCUGACAUUCUGAAAGAUGAACGUUUUGGUGGGAUGUUUACUAAUAAGGACUUUGAAAUUGAUGAAUUUUCUCAUGAGUAUCGGGCACUGCACCCUAUGCCUUCCACAAAGCAACCGUCUUUAGUGGAGGAACAUUUUGAGCCUGUGAUGGACGGUGAGGAACCUAGUGAUUCUGAUGUGUCUGCAGCAACACAAUCAUCAGAAGAUGAACAAGAAAAUGAAAAAAAUUCUAGAAAAAAGUCCAAAGUUCCAAGAAUGUAUGAAGUCAAGGAUGAGAGGCAUGCAGAAGCAUUCUGGAACGAUGUUUCACUUGCGAAGGAGGAUGCUCUUCCACUAGGUGAACGGGUUGCAGCCUUGUCAGAUGAUCGGACUUCUCAUGGUAUGAACAAUAUCAAGGUGGGACCCGGAGGUUCAAGAGAAGUUUCCUUUAUUUCCAGAAGCUCAGCGAAGUAUGUGGAAGAUGAAGAAGACAAGGGAGCACGAACUGAAAGGAGAAGAGGGAUCCAGUCCUUGAAACUGAAGCCUGAGAGAUCAGGUUUUCGGGGUUCGGGUUCCCGAGACCGAGAAUGGGCAGAGGAAGGGGUAGACACGACAUCUUUAUGUUUCAUGCUGCAAAUCUAUGCCAUUUCAUACAUCAGUGCAAAUUUGAGUCAAGAAAGCAAUGAGUUCUCAGAUAAGUUACCUUUCUUUUGCAGUCGUUUGUUUGACAUGUAACUGAGAGUUGUGGCUUCUUUCUGCCACCGCCUAAUAAUCACACUUGUAAUAGAUGUUUUCUGGAAACCUAAAAUUUUGGCCAUGAAAAUGAUCUGAUUGCAACCUAGUGUAGUUAUCCUUGCACCUUUUGGUACUACCUAUACACUUUUGCUAGUACUAAUCAUUUAACAUGAUUCAUCAUGUCGCUGCCCUUAGCAUUAACCAAUCAAUACAUUCAAUAUGUUCUGCCUAAAUGUCCAAAUAUUCAUGUUAAUUAGUGAUUGAUAAAAUAUGACACUCUUGUACUGGAGCUAACAUGUUUAACUCUUUUUGUAAUUUUGCAUCUUCCUGGCAAUGAUAUUAACUUACUUCGUCAAAAAAAAGUGAUUAAUAAAAUAUUUCUUGAUGUUGGUCCUUGAUAGGAUUUGCAGAUCAUGUGCUUUAAAGGUGACAUUUUAGUUAGUCUACUAGUUCCUUGUACUUUUUUCUUUAUUCAAUCCUUCAAACACCUCCUUAAGUGAACCUGCUCCUUGAUUACUGCUGAAAAUAUUGUUUACAAUUAUUGUUCAUAAAGAUGAAGGUUCAUUUCUUGAUGAGGUUUCGUAUCACUAUAACCAGAAGUGGUCAAAUAAGAAAUGUGCAAAGUUGAGAUUUGCUGUUGGAAAUUAUUUACACUCUGCAUAUGUUCAGUGUCCUUCACUCUUUCUUAUCUACUUGGCAGAGGCUAUCAGGAGCAUCAUUAUUUAUUAUUUGCAAAUUGCAGUGCAUCCAAAGUGCUCUUUCUCCAGAAGAAAUAGUCAAAGUGCUUAAUCUGGAGGCCAUUGACAAAAAGUUUACACUGGAGGAUUAUGGGUUGUAGCGCAUACACCGGACUAGGGCUACAAGACAUUGUGUCUCGGAUCUAUAUGUUUUGAUUAUGUGAUGCUUGCAUCAAAAUUUUGUUUGUAGAUAUAAGAUAGAAUAUCCUGUAGGAAAAUGUAGUAAUGCUUUUGCUCAUCCGUGCGCUGCUCUACUGCUCUACGUGUGAGGAAAAUUCUUGUAAGUCUCAAUGUUUAAGUUGGAGUGGAGGCCUCUUGUCUACUUAUAGAUGCAUGUUGCCUUUUGAUGCCAAGGCAUUUCUGAACUAGGGAAAGAGUUCAAAGUUUUAUACUUGUGCCAUAUUGAAAUUGUAAAGGGUGGAAAAAAGAGAACCCUCUAGAUGUUAUUCUACAUUUGUGGUAACUUAUAUUUUGUCAACUUCACCUUGCUUAAGUAACUUGUAGCUGAACAGAUAUGACCAUUAGUUACAGAUUGACACACUGCUUUUUUGUUUAAUGCUUAGGACUGUAAUCGGGC